GGCCCAAGUGUGAGCUCAGACCUAACCUCUGCUGCUCUGACCACUGGCCCAGCUCUCAGCAGUGAAGACUAGAAACCACCAACUGGAUCCCAGCCCCCAGGCAAGGGUGUCCUUCAGCCUGCUGGAGUCAUGGUUGGGGACAAAGAUGACGUGUGUACUUUGGUUGUAGGUUGGCAAAGGUCAUAUUCAGCAGAGAGACUCAACUAUGGUCUCAGUGGACAGCUGGUGCAGUCAAUCCAGGUUGACUACAGGGAGAGGAAUAGGGGCUGGGGUCAUCCUUGGGGACAGCCUGGAAGAGUUACUGCUUCCCUGUGUCCACGAGGGGGCAGUGGAGGCAAGACUCCAACUAGGAACUGACAGUACCAUACCAGUACACACACACACACACACACACACACACACACACACACAGAGUGACAUUUGUCCCUGGACGGCCAGCAACUAGCCCCAGGAGCUCUUUUCACCACCUUAACUCUCCUGAGGAGAAAACCUCCAUGAGAGCUCAAUGGAAAGAUAUCUGGUGGGGAAGGAAGGAACCGGGGUGGGGUGGGGGAUGCCACCCUGUCACUGUGUGACCCUGAGCAAGUCACUAACCCUUUCUGGGCCUCAUUGUUCCUCCCUUGUGAAGGGGGUAAUAAUAAUUCCUACCUCUCAAGAUUGUUCUCAGGAUAAAACACAAUGACCCGUGCUACUCGGCUAAUGCCUGAUUAUUAUCGCUUCGUGGUGAUUUUCUGGUUCUGCUGUUUUCUGUGUUCUGUGCUUGACAGCUUCAGGGAUUGGGGAGGGGGUCUUCUGUCUCUUCUCUGUCUCUUUCGUUCUCAGCUUUUUUGGAGCAGCCUCUAUGAUGAGGCCUUCUUGCCAGGGUAGGCUCAUCUUGGUGCGUCCUUGGCAAGCCAUUGUCCCAUUCUGGCUCUUGUUCUUGCUUCCUCACAUCCACGGAAGGACAAGAGCAGGUGCCACAGUUGCCUACACAGAACUCAGAACUAAGGGAGCACCAAGGAGCCACCCCUUCCCUCCACCUGCUCCCAGCUCCAAGUGGGAGGGAAGACACAGCAGGGCUGCUUACACCUCGGAUCCAGCCCAGGGUGAGAAGCCACAGGUGCUCAAGGCCUUCAGGGAUGGGAGCCCUGGGGCCACCCAGGCAGGCUCCUGCAGAAACAACUGUUUUGCUGGAUCAGAACCCCCAAGCUGUUGAUGUUGGCAGGGCAUCUAACACCUUGACACCCACCCCCUCACCAGCGUAAGCAAGGCCUGCAGGCUCGGCCUGUUCUCAGACCUCCUCACAAGAAGCUGCAGUCAUCUCCAGGCAGCCCGGCUUCUCCCAUCCACUCCUGCUUCCUGCUCUUCCCCUCCCCUAGAGGGUGGUUCCAGAGCGCUUGAAAACCUUGUGCCCAUCUCAGAGUCUGUCCCCAGGAAUCCACCCUGGCAUACUUCUCACGGGAUCUUCUUUGUUGUGUGCCAACCGGCCUGUCUGCUGCCUCACUUACCUCUUUAUCCCCGAGCUCAGGAAAAGGCUCCAUGGCUUGGGAGGCUGCACAUCUGCUGCUGCCUGGCCUGCUGAUGCUCCAGGCCUCAGGUUCCUGGGGGCUGAUCCCAGACAUACUGCAGAAACUGGAGGGCGAGGCGAUCUCUGUGACAUGCUACUACUCGGCUGAGCAGCACAUGAAGCUGAAAACCUGGUGUAGGCAAACAGGGACCAACCUCUGCACCUUGCUGGUGGACAGUUCCCAGAGCGGGGCACAGGACCCCCGGUGCUCCCUACAGGAUGACCACCACUCUGCCCACUUCAUCGUCACCAUGAAGAGGCUCACAGUGAAGGACUCUGGUCUCUACUGGUGUGGUGUCUAUGAGUCUUCUGGAGUCUUCCCUCUCAGAGCCAUCCAGCUCAUGGUGUCUCAAGCUCCCAUCCCAUCCUCCACCAGGAAUGCCUGGAAGACCAUAGCCCUGGCUUCUACCAGCAGCCCUGUCAAUGCCAGGUCCCCAGACAGUGGGAAGUCUGUGCUGUCAGGCGUGGUGGUGACUGUCCUGCUGCUGCUGCUGGCUCUCCUUGUGGUCCUGGGUCUCAGAAAAACCCAAGCAAGAACUAAGAAAGGUAAGGAUGGAGCCCUGGAUGUCUGCAGCCUCUCAGUGCGGAAGGAGCCCACCAGCGCCGAUCAGCAGCCGGCCUAUGAGGAGCUCACAGAAGCCAUCCACUACGCCUCACUCAGUCACUUAAGCCCUGAGGAUCCCUUCUAUGUCAACACCUACUGCACCAUGAAGCCCGCCCGAGACCUCAUCCUGUCUGUGGAAUACACUAGCCUGAUGAGGAGCAAAUCCCCAGGUCCCCAGACCCGCUGCCUGAGACCAAGUGCCUGGGAACCACAGGCAGAAUUUCCUGACCAGUGAACGGAUGCCUGCCACCUGCUCAGAAGGUGCUAAGCUCAUCUGCCAGCCUUGGAGUGCCUUCUAGUGGCAAAGACUGCUACAAAUGAUGAGGGAGCAGAGGGCUGAGCAGCAAAGCCAGAGUCCUAACUAGGCAAGGGCAGGAGCCUGGGUCCAUGGCUG